AUGGCAACGAACCGGUUCGUGUGCGAGGUGUGCCACAAGGGUUUCCAGCGGGACCAAAACCUGCAGCUGCACCUACGCGGCCACAACAUGCCAUGGAAGCUGAAGCAAAAGAACCCCAAGGAGCCGCGUCGUCGGGUGUACCUGUGCCCAGAGCCAACAUGUGUGCACCACAACCCAUCUCGGGCACUGGGCGACCUCACGGGGAUCAAGAAGCACUACUGCCGCAAGCACGGUGAGAAGAACUUGAAGUGCGACAAGUGCAACAAGCGCUAUGCCGUGGAGUCCGACUGGAAGGCGCACUGCAAGACCUGCGGCACCCGCGAGUAUCGCUGCGAAUGCAACGCCCCCUUCUCCAGGAAGGACAGCUUCGUCACCCACCGCGCUAUGUGCGAGGCAGCACUGGCAGCAGAUCGUGAGACCGCCAGAUGCUGCUGCCGGGCGCCGGCCUCUACGUCGACUCAGGCAGCGAUAGCCAGGCCUCGGGCUCUCGGCGCCGCCGCCCACAUGAAUGGCUUCGCAGAUCAAGGCCAGUCCUCUUCAGCAGCAGAAGCCUCGCUGUUUGACCACGUCAUGGCAUCGUACUCAGGCUCCUCCAGCAUGUUCCGUUCUCAGGCGCCGUCAGACUUCUCGUUGUCUUUCUUCCUCGGCGGCGGCGCUCCUGCUAAUACCAACCAAUACUUCUCUGAGGACGGCGGUGAUCACGCCGAAGGAUGCCAGGGUCCUCUUCUCCACGGCAAGGAGCCCUUCCAUGGCCAGCGACAUGAUGCAACUCCCGGAGCAGCAGCAGCACCACCAGCCAGGCAGCAGCAACGCCAACAUCAACCUCCCUGGCUUCUUCUCUGGCACCAGCGGUGGCUGGUCCGGCAGCAACCAGCAGGCGGCUCAGAUGGGCUCGACGUCGAGCACCACCCGCACCGCCCCAGCGCGCUGUUCCGUGCAGCCGGCUUCACCGGCACCGUUGUCAGCGGCCAGGGGACUAGCAGGGCAGCAGAAGAAGGGAUGUCUCACGAGCAGUCUGCUCACGAGGCACACUUCCAUGAUCUCAUCAUGAACUCUCUACCGUCAACGGGAGGCUCCGGCACCAGCGGCUUCUCCGGCACUGCAGGAUUGGCGGGCGUGGACGACGACAGUCGUCUGAGCACAAGAGACUUCCUCGGCGUCGGCAGGGACGACGCGAUGGCGCCGGCGGCUAGCUUCCACAUGGGCGCCGCCCUGGAUCCGACCCAGAUGAGAUGGUACAUGUGA